AUAUUCGGCAACAUCCGUUUAUCAGCGUUCGGCCGUCCUCUUCCAAGAUGUCGGUGUACGGGCCGGUUGUGAAAAUCCACCCCGUGGUUCUCGCAUCUAUUUGCGACUCUUACGAACGACGAAAUGAAGGAGCGAGUCGUGUAAUUGGUACCCUGUUGGGUACUAUUGAUAAGCACUCAAUUGAGGUGACGAACUGCUUCUCUGUUCCUCACAAUGAGUCAGAAGAUGAGGUUGCGGUGGACAUGGAGUUUGCCAAGAACAUGUAUGAGCUCCACAAGAGGGUUUCACCCACAGAGGUCAUCAUCGGAUGGUACGCCACUGGGUUCGACAUCACAGAGCACUCAGUGCUCAUCCAUGAAUACUACAGCCGUGAGGCCACCAACCCCAUCCACCUGACUGUGGACUCGGCACUGCAGAGCGGCAAGAUGAACAUCCGCGCCUACGUCAGUGCGCAGAUGGGUGUGCCAGGAAAGACAGUUGGUGUGAUGUUCACCCCACUGACUGUCAAGUAUGUCUACUAUGACACUGAGAGGAUAGGCGUGGACCUUCUGCAAAGGACACGUUUGGCUCCUACUCGUACCAAGGGACUCACCUCUGACCUGUCCCAGGUGGGUGGCUCUGCAGCCAGGAUACAAGACAUGCUGACCACUGUCCUCGCAUACAUCGAGGAUGUACUGUCUGGCAAGGUGACCGCAGAUAACAGCGUGGGCCGUUUCCUGAUGGACCUGGUGAACAAGGUGCCUACCAUCUCAGCCGAGGACUUUGAGAACAUGCUCAACUCCAACAUCAAUGACCUGUUGAUGGUGACCUACCUUUCCAACCUCACCCAGGCACAGAUCGCUUUAAAUGAGAAGCUGGUGCUGCUCUGAGCAACUUUUCUUUAAAGUGAUUUAUAUUUAAUUUUUUUUUUCUUACAUUUUUUUGAGGGCUGACAUAAUAAAGAUAUGAAUCAGUCAUACA